AUGUCCGAAAAAAUUUCCGAGCCUCAGGAAAUUCCCGUUUAUUCUCUUCUUGGAAAUCUGAAUCAAGGAGAAGUGUCCGAGUUGGCAGCUCAGCACUGCGGAGUAUCCAUUGAUGAGAUUGAAGACAUAUAUCCGUGCACUGCUGCACAGGAAAGUCUGUUUGCUUUGUCAGUAAAAAACCCCCACAGUUAUGUUGCCCGUUAUGUGUACGCUUUCGCGGAGGAAGUAGAUUUGGACCGUAUCAAGGAUGCUGUCAGAACUACACUGGAAGCUCAUACCAUCCUGCGCACGAGGUUGAUUUAUCAUGAAAUAUAUGGCACUCUUCAAGUCGUGCUUCGAAAGUUGGAGACAAUUACGAUGGCCAAUGAUCUCCACGCUUACCUUGCGGCCGAUUGUCAGCAGCGAAUGCCUCCAGGUGCGCCUUUGCUUCGUGUUGCUACUGUUUUGGAUUCGCAGGGAAGGAAACAGCUUGUUUUGACUAUUCAUCAUGCUUUGUAUGAUGACUGGUCCUUGAAUGUGGUACUGCACGACAUUGAAAACGCAUACAAAGGCAAAAUCCUUGCUCAGCGGGCAUUCGCAGCCUUCACCAAACUCUCGCUCUCUGCAUUGUCUGAGGCAUCAGCCCAGGAAUGGCAGUCCCGGCUUGAAGGUUUAUCACCUGUCCAGUUCCCACGACUUCCUUCAAGUGAAUAUACCCCUGCGGCGAAGCAGUCUUUGGUCAAAGAGGUCACUAUGCCGGCUGGCCUGAGUGAGAAUCAACAGUCUGCGCUCAUCAAUCUUGCUUGGUCCCUUCUUAUUUCCCAGUACACAGGUUCUACGGAUACUGUAUUCGGGGUUACGUGGACAGGUCGACGAUCACGUCUCCCUGGAAUCGGGGACAUGUCUGGACCGACAAUUGCGACAGUACCGUUUCGGGUCCAACUCUCUUCAAACACUACGGUUUCAGAAGCUUUGCGAUUCGUACUCAAAACCAGUAAUGAAAUGCUCCCAUUCGAACAAAGGGGUCUAUACAACAUUUCUCGCCUUGGACCCAAUGCUGAAGCUGCCUGUCAAUUCCAAAAUUUGAUCGUUAUUCAAUCGCCACCUCAGCAUCGAUAUGAGUACUUUCGAGAGAUAACUCAUGACCUGAAUCUUGGGAAUCACGCCACGUUUGGCACUUAUCCCAUUACUCUAGUAUGCGAUUUACGCAAAGUCGGCAUGCGGGUUCAAGCUGUCUAUGACGACCAUGUUGUGCCUCUUGUUCAGAUGCAACGUAUUCUGAAUCAAUUCAAUACUGUCAUUAAGAACCUCAUAAGCCGUCCUGAUUGCCCAAUUUCACAAGUUGGAUCUCUAAGUGCCCAAGAUCUGGUGGAGCUGGAGAAAUGGAAUGGCCAAAUUCCACCCACGACUGAUGAACGAAUGCAUGACUUGAUUUUGAAAAGAUGUCGCAUACAACCUGAUGCUCUCGCCGUGGCAUCGUGGGAUGGGUGUUUUACCUACGGAGAAGUAGACACCUUGUCUGGACAUCUCGCACUCAACUUAAUCGAAAGAGGCAUUGGACCAGAAAAUGUCGUCCCUGUAUACUUCGAAAAGUCCAAAUACACAACUGUGGCUAUUUUAGCAGUGAUGCGUGCAGGCGCAGCAUUUGUUCUCCUCGAUCCAUCAAGCCCACUAGCCCGCAAUGAGGAAAUAUGCCGGCGGGUUGGUGCCACUUGCGUCUUAUCUUCGGGAUCGCUGGCUGCAUCAGCGGUCAAUUUCGCUAAAGAAUGUAUAGAUGUCUAUGAAGGUGCUAGCUCACUACAGAAACAACAUUCUGCCAUGGGCCUUUCAGAUAUCGAUGUAUCCUCAUCAAAUCUUCUCUAUGUUGUGUUCACUUCAGGGUCCACCGGGACGCCCAAGGGAGUGCAAAUCGAACAUGGCUCCUUCGUCAUCAGCACCCAGGCAUAUAUCUCCAAAAGUGGGAUGAACAAUAUGUGCCGUACACUACAAUUCGCUUCAUACGCCUUCGACGUCAGCAUUUCUGAUACCAUAGUGACUCUAGCCGCAGGUGGCUGUCUCUGCGUUCCUUCCGAAGAGGAGCGCAAGUCUGAGCUCGCCAAAGUUGUCGCGAAAUACAACAUCGACUGGGCGGAUCUUACCCCCUCAGUACUACGACAGCUUCAUCCAGAAGAUUUUCCCUCACUUCGCACUGUCAUACUUGGAGGGGAACCUAUGUCUCGGACCGAGAUCGAAGUUUGGGGCCCACACGUGCGUUUAUUGAAUGUCUAUGGCCCUGCAGAAUGCUGUGUUCUCUCUACAGUUUGUGACAGUGUCACGAGUACAACCGACCCUCGCAAUAUUGGUACUGGAACAGGGUGUGCGACCUGGAUUGUUAACCCCUCCAAUCAUAACCAGCUUAUGCCCAUCGGCGCGAUUGGCGAAUUGCUUAUCGAAGGGCCUACUGUUGGCAGAGGAUAUCUAGCUGAUCCCGAAAAAACAGCAGCUUCAUUCACUUCGAUGACUCCUUGGAUAAAGUCCCUCCGACCAUCUCAGUCCUCAACCAAGUUAUACGGAACAGGCGAUUUAGUUCAAUAUACUUCGCAUGGCUCUCUGCGCUAUGUCGGCCGAAAGGAUAUGCAAGUUAAGCUUCGAGGACAACGUCUCGAGCUCGAAGAUGUCGAAUACCAUAUCUCCAGGGCAUUUCACGAUAGCAGAGAGGUGGUUGCCGACGUUAUCACCUUGGACUCAGAUGAGUUUCCUCAGCUAGUAGCCUUCUUGGUGGAAGAAAAGAGCGAGCAUCCAGAUCUUUUUAUUCCCCCGACUGCGGAAUUUCAUCAAUCCGUGACCGCUGCCAUCGCAGCUCUACAAAGCAAGAUUCCUGCAUUCAUGAUUCCGUCAAUAUUUAUUCCUAUCAAGCGUACCUUUCGCACUGUGUCUGACAAAGUUGACCGUCGGCUGUUGCGCGAGGCUACCACUUCUCUGUCUCGAGAGCGACUUCAGCACUAUCGCCAGCUUCAUCAGAAUGGCAAGACAGAAAGGCGUAAGCCUACAUCUCAGGCUGGGCUUCAAAUGCAAGCUAUUUGGGCUCAGGUUUUGGGUAUCCCAGCUGAAGAAAUCUGUUAUGGCGACGAAUUUUUCAAACUGGGUGGUGAUUCUAUCACAGCCAUGAAAGUUGCAUCCAUCGCUAAAAAGCAGGGCCUGCCAAUUUCGGUUCCAGAUAUAUUCCAAGGCGGCUCCCUAGAAUCAGUCGUUGAAUCAGCUUUGUCUCAGAGCGCUGAAACCACUUCGUUCGAUUGGGAGUUGGAAACAGCACUUCAAUCGGAUAUUACCAAGCCGACAAGGGUAAACGGCACCAACAACCACUCGCAGGGAAGCAAGAACUUCGUAUUGACAGGUUCCACGGGCUUUCUCGGACGAGAGAUCCUUCAACAACUCGUUGAUAAUCCCGUGGUCAACCAAGUGCACUGCUUGGCAGUUCGAUCAAAAGGAAGCGGUGUCGGACGGCAAUCUGCAGUGUUCCAUUCAAGCAAGGUAGUGGUGCACCAAGGAGAUAUCUCAAAGCCUGACCUUGAUAUUCCCGAGCAAUCCCUCUCCAAUAUAUUGGAAGAUUGUCAAGGAAUUAUCCACUGCGCCGCCGAGAUUUCGUUCGUCAAGACCUACGAUCUUCUCAAACAAGUUAACGUGCAACCCACAAAGUACCUCGCCAAACUCGCAGUCAAGCAUCAGGUCCCUAUUCACUACAUGUCCAGUGCAGCCCUCGCUCACCUAGCUUGGGUCAGCGAGAUCUAUUUGGAGAAUUGCAGCCAGGCCUACGAUCUCCCAGUUACCAUCCAUCGCAUCUCAAGCAUUAUUGGACCUGGAGCGCCCGAGAUGGAUAUCACCAAUAACGUGCUGAAUUUCUCUCGCAAGAUGCGCGCCAUACCGGAUCUGAGCUCUUGCGAGCAAUAUGUCGACCUCAUUGAACUCAGUCUCGCUGCGGGUAACAUUAUUGUCGAUGCUAUGCGUGCCGACCAACUGAGUGAGGUUUCCUUUGUCCAUGAAUCGGGGCAGGUGCGUGUUCCAGCCAAUCGUCUUAGGGAAUACUUGCAGAGGGAGGCUGGGGAAGCCAUUUCGGAAGUGGCUCUUGAGUAUUGGAUCGGGGCUGCUCGUCGGCAGGGAAUGCCAGAGCUUGUUGCCAAGUUCCUUGAAGCUAUGCCACCGGGUGAAAUUGAUAUUGCCAUGCCAUUUCUCGAGACAAGGCGGGUCAAUGGCAGGCAUUCGAGUCUACUUUCAAUUGAAAACUAG